AUGCGGCAUCCGUGGUUUAGUGGAGUUGAUUGGUCCACACUUCGUUCCAUUCAAGCGCCAUAUAUUCCACCUGGAGGCGGUCCGCAAUUUGAUCGCGUUUUAAAGCAGCUGCAGACUAAUAAUCCGGAACAGGGCGGGACACAAUAUCAAGAGCUUAUACGUCAGGUCACAUCAAACUUUGACGAAUUUUCUGAGCCAUGCGAAUUACCAACGUUAAUGUCAUAUGAGGCAUCGGCAACAGGACAAGUUCCCUCUCCGCCAAUCAAUGGCAUGAAUGGUAGUAGUGGAUUGGCUCAUGAAGCAGGCCAGAUGAAUGGAAAUGAGCCGCUGCAGGCUCUAGGUCCGGAUGGCAAACCUCUGACUUAUAAUAAGUUUAUUGGCUAUACUUACAAGCGUAAACCACCAGUUCGCAUGGCAUUGAACGAUAGUAUUUUUGACAACGGGGCCACUGGAACCUCUGAAUUAACACCAGUCGAUGCGUUCAUUCUAUCCAACAGCCACGAAGCCCAUGCCCAUGUGAAUCUUGCCCCUGACUUUGCUUCCUCUACGACUAACUUAGAAGGCAGCGCGGCGUCACAACACAUGGACGAAAACGAAGACAGUGAUCGCAAGCAUUAA